GUAUGUCAUAUUAUUAUUGAAAUAGAAAAACUAAUUGUUACUAAUUAACUAAUUGAUUAAUUCAUUGAUUGUUGGAAUAAACUAUCUGAAAGAACAACGCUAUGGCUGACGAAGCACUAAAAUUCGGCCAAGAUGGACAACCUUUGCCAAGUGGUGAAGAAUUAUUAAAAAUGUUAGAAGGAAUGGACAUGUCCGAGGAAGACAAACAGAGCCUGAGGGAUUCUUUGCUUCAACAGGCAAAUAGGGCUGCUUCUCAGGACACCACGGGGGCUACUGGGGUCACAUUUCAACAAGUCUUGUUCAUGUUGGCCAUGGUGGCGAUUAUAGUAUCAGUUUUCGCAUUUUUCGCAAACAAAUUAUACAAAUCUCUGACGUACAAAGACAGAAUGCGCGAAGAAAAAAGGAAAGCCAAGGAGGAGAGAAAGAACAAGGAAAAGAAGAAAGUCAAGUAGUCAUUUUGAAAAACGAACAAGACUUUUAAUAAAUUCAUAAAUUUAUUUAUAACUUUAACCACAUCGUAUCAGUUC